GAGGCCAUUUUGUACAGCGAGGCAGGCAGGCAGGCGUCUGUACAUGUCUGUAUGUCUGUGCUCACGUCAGGAACAGGAAGCGUGCCAUUGUGCGUAUGAGAGAGAACAUUUUCUGUGUUGUGGGGGCGAGGGUUAUACCAGAGGCGCUAGUAACAACACCCAAACCUAUUUCUUCACUUUGCCGAGCGUUCACUGUCCUUUCUACACUGUUUCCUCUGUGCAAUGGAUGGCAGGGAUCUGAGAAGCCUCUUUCUUCUGCUGUCCUCUACGGCCAUACUACCAUGAGCACUUCUACUCCAUCCACAGCUAAUGGCAACGAUAGCAGACAGUUUAAAGGAGAUCGUUCUCCCUGUGGUCCUUCCCGAGUCCUCCACGUCCGCAAGGUUCCCAUCGAGGUGUCUGAGGCUGAGCUCAUCUCUCUAGGAGUCCCUUUCGGUAGAGUCACUAACCUGUUGAUGCUCAAAGGGAAAAAUCAGGCUUUUAUAGAAAUGGCUUCAGAGGAGGCAGCGAUCACCAUGGUGAACUACUACACCACAGCAACACCUCACGUACGCAACCAGCCAGUCUACAUCCAGUACUCCAACCACCGCGAGCUCAAGACAGACAACCUGCCCAAUCAGGGGAGAGUUCAGGCAGCAUUACAGGCAGUCAAUGCAGUGGCGUUGGGUGGUUCAGCAUCUGGCGGUGACGGAACCCUGAUGCCAGGACAGAGCCCCGUGCUGCGCAUCAUCGUAGAAAACCUCUUCUACCCUGUAUCUCUGGAGGUGCUACACCAGAUCUUCUCUAAGUUCGGGACGGUGCUAAAGAUCAUCACUUUCACCAAGAACAACCAGUUCCAGGCCCUGCUACAAUAUGCUGACCCGAUGAAUGCCCACCACGCCAAAGUGACUUUAGAUGGCCAGAACAUCUAUAACGCAUGCUGCACUCUGCGUGUGGAGUUCUCCAAGCUGACCAGCCUGAAUGUGAAAUACAACAACGACAAAAGCCGAGAUUUCACCCGCCUGGAUCUUCCCUCUGGAGAUGGACAACCUACCAUGGACCCUGCCUUGACUGCCGCCUUCGGUGCUCCAGGUAUCAUCUCUUCGCCUUAUGCUGGGGCAGCAGGUUUUGGCCCCGCGAUCGGGUUCCCCCAAGCAGUAGGCCCGCCCUUUGACCUGCUAUCGUGCGUGCCCCCAGGUCUGUCCAUGCACACGAUGACCGGCGCUCUGGGACCCCUCGCCAUGCCCGGCUCAGUCUCGGGACGGAUGACCCUACACGGCAUGGCCCCCAUCGCAGGUCACACCGUUCUCCUUGUCUCCAACCUCAACCCUGAUAGCAUAUCACCACACGGACUGUUCAUCCUAUUUGGGGUGUAUGGUGAUGUGCAUCGGGUCAAGAUUCUGUUCAAUAAGAAAGAGAAUGCCUUAAUCCAGAUGGCCGACGCUACUCAGGCCCAGCUUGCAAUGUCCCACCUGAACGGCCAGAGGCUGCACGGCAAGGUGAUCAGAGUGACCAUCUCUAAGCACCAGACGGUCCAGCUGCCCAGGGAGGGACAGGAAGACCAGGGCCUCACUAAAGACUUCAGCGGCUCCCCGCUACACCGCUUCAAGAAGCCUGGAUCCAAGAACUUUCAGAACAUCUUCCCUCCCUCUGCCACCCUCCAUCUAUCCAACAUCCCUCCAUCUAUAACAGAUGACAUCCUGAAGGAGCUGUUUGCUGGGACUGGAUACACAGUCAAGGCCUUCAAGUUCUUCCAGAAGGACCGUAAGAUGGCUCUGAUCCAGUUGGGUUCAGUGGAGGAGGCCAUCCAGGCCCUGAUCGACCUCCACAACCACGACCUGGGAGAGAACCAUCACCUCCGCGUGUCCUUCUCCAAGAGCACCAUCUGACCCACCUCACCCAGCUCCCCCAGCUCCCCCACCCCCAGGGCCUCGCUCCUGGGCUGGGCUAACCCCAUGCCCCUCCCCCCACCUCCACCGCCAGGGCCUCGCUCCUGGGCUGGGUUAACCCCAUGCCCCCACCCCCCUAGCCCCUGUUGGGAGUGACGGACAGAAACACCCACUUUUACUUAAAACAAACAACAGACAAUGAACUAGUUUAGAUGAUAUUGUUGUGUAAUAGACUACUGUAACACAAGGCCUUCAGACAGAGACUGAUAUAGAGACAGAGCUGAAGGAGAGCUGGUUGAUUGAUUCAGGGCAUAGAGUACAACGGUGAUGUGGGCUGACAUGGUGCAUCAGUGCAUCCUUUACCUGGCAUUCGAGGACCCUAAUCCAGGGAGAGACUAGACCCUAACCCAGGGAGAGACUAGACCCCAACCCUGGGAGAGACUAGACCCUAAUCCAGGGAGAGACUAGACCCUAACCCAAGGAGAGACUAGACCCUAACCCAGGGAGAGACUAGACCCUAACCCAGGGAGAGACCCUAACCCAGGGAGAGACUAGACCCUAACCCAGGGAGAAACUAGACCCUAAUCCAGGGAGAGACUAGACCCUAACCCAGGGAGAGACUAGACCCUAACCCAGGGAGAGACUAGACCCUAACCCAGGGAGAGACUAGACCCCAACCCUGGGAGAGACUAGACCCUAAUCCAGGGAGAGACCCUAAACCAGGGAGAGACUAGACCCUAACCCAGGGAGAGACCCUAAACCAGGGAGAGACUAGACCCUAAUCCAGGGAGAGACCCUAAACCAGGGAGAGACUAGACCCUAACCCAGGGAGAGACCCUAACCCAGGGAGAGACCCCAACCCAGGGAGAGACCCUAACCCAGGGAGAGACUAGACCCUAACCAAGGGAGAGACUAGUCCCUAACCCAGGGAAAGACUAGACCCAACCCAGGGAGAGACUAGACCCUAAUCCAGGGAGAGACUAGACCCUAAUCCAGGGAGAGACUAGACCCUAAUCCAGGGAGAGACUAGAC